GGGCUCAGUGUGACUAGGCUGAGGCCAGUGUUGCAGGCAGUGGAGAGAGUGUUGUACCGCUCAGACGUGCCCAGGGUGGAUAAACCAUGCUCACUGAGCGGGAGAAAGGCUCUGCCCAGGACACAAGAUGAAGGUGGAGAGGAAGACCUCCUCUACAGGCAAUAGUUUCACUGAGAUCCCUCCACUACUGACGCUCUUUGGCCUAUUCCUCCUUCUCCUCCUCCUUUUCACAGAUGAGGUUUCAACGGUCAAUGUGACCACCCACAUCCAGGUGGUAAGGGGCACGGUGGGUAAAGAGGCUCUCUUAUCUGUCAGCUACUCCAGCAUCAGCUCUGACAAGCCUGUCAUCAAGUGGCAGCUAAAGAGGGACAAAGUGAAAUCCAUCACUGUCGUACAGUCCAUAGGUACAGACAUCAUAGGAAACCUGAGACCUGAGUACCGCGACCGGAUCCUGGUGUUUGAGAAUGGCUCGCUUCUUCUUCACAAUCUGCAGCUCUCAGAUGAAGGAGCCUACGGAGUCGAAAUCUCCAUUACAGAUGACACAUUUACCGGAGAGCACUACAUUGAACUCACUGUGGACGUUCCUGUGUCCAAACCUUACAUCCAGAUGAUGGCAUCUUCGGUCCUGGAGUACAGUGAAUACUUCAACCUCCACUGUUCUCAUGAUAAUGGUACAAAGCCCAUCUACAGUUGGUUGAAAGGGGGAAAGGUCCUGACCAAUGACUCCCGUCUACUGCUUUCACAUGACCAAAAGGUGCUGACCAUCUCACGUGUUCUGAUGUCGGAUGACGAUGUUUAUGCCUGCACAGUGGAGAACCCUAUCAGCAGCAUGAAGAGCAUACCUGUCAGGCUCACUGUUUACAGACGGAGCUCGCUAUACAUCAUCCUGUCCACCGGGGGCAUAUUCCUUCUUAUCACCCUGGUGACAGUAUGUGCCUGUUGGAAACCCUCCAAAAAGAAGCACCGACCGGUCCCCCAAAGAGCUCCUGUUUAUAUGGAGCAAAGUGAAAAUGGCCAUGAUGUUGAUGUUGUGCCCAAACCAUCUACACUAGAUCGAAGAAGUCCAAUGCCUCUUUAUGUUCUCAAUGAAGAUGAGACUCUGGAGCGUCUGGAAGAAUGUUCUGGCAAUGCUGUCAGUCAAUCAGAAACUAUUAUCCCUGCCACGUAUGCUCCAGUCCUUCCUCCUACCUCUAAUAGAACCGAGAGGCCUAUCUGGUCUGCCCCCCGUAGGUACCCUCGCAGCCCCUCCCCACUAGCACAACCUCUUCCACAGCUACUUCCAGCUCCCCCCCUUCGCCCUGUCCGCUCCCCUGCUCACUCCCCGGGCUCAUCUCCUCGCAGUUUCAGCCCAAUAAGAAAGGUCCGUCCUCCAGUGGGCAUCCCAAUCAGCCACCUGCCUGUAGAGGCUGAGUGUCCAGAACCCAGCGAUCAGACUCACUGUCCGUCAUAGCACUGAUAACUGUUGGGAUGCUAGUUCUCACCUGUAAUAUUUGAUGUACAUGUGUAGUUUGUUGAUCUCCUGUUGCAGUUUGCCAUGAGAGUAAUGGAUUACAUGUAGAAGGUGAGAGAAGAGUUCACUCUCUACUAGUUUCUUCAGAUUCUUUAUUACUCAUCUGCUGCUCUAUGGCUUUGCACAGUGUGUCUGAGGUGUUUUGAUGAGAUAUAUAAGAAAAGUCAUGUCCACCAACAUGUAGUAUGUAUAUGAUGCUGAGACAGUAAGAAAUUUCCAGUUCCAAUAUAUAUUUUGCCUCUUUUUGAUGUAUGAGAAAUGUUGAUAUAUACACUUGUAAAUAUGUAAGUUAAUAGCUUUCAAAAAAUGAAAGUGGUUUGUUUUUGUUGUGUCUGUUUUCUUUCAAACAGUAAAACCAUGCACACUCUAUUCUUAUUCCACAUUAGGUCACUAAAUAACCUAAAAGAAUAAAAACUAUUGUAAUAA